UGCGAGGGGCUGAAGGGAAUCCUGUUGGUCGCAGGGUUUCCUUGACUAGCGAUCCAGAGAAGCAUCAUGGGCCGAAUCACAGAAGAUCUUAUUAGGAGGAAUGCUGAGCACAAUGACUGUGUAAUUUUCUCCCUGGAGGAACUUUCUUUGCAUCAGCAAGAAAUAGAAAGAUUAGAACAUAUUGACAAAUGGUGCAAGGAUUUAAAAAUUCUCUAUCUUCAAAAUAACCUCAUUGCAAAAAUUGAAAAUGUUAGCAAACUCAAGAAACUUGAAUAUUUGAACUUAGCAUUAAACAACAUUGAAAGAAUUGAAAACUUGGAAGGAUGUGAGUGUCUGACAAAACUUGACUUGACUGUAAAUUUCAUUGGAGAGCUGAGCAGCAUUAAAACCCUGAUACACAAUAUUCACCUGAAGGAACUCUUCCUCAUGGGUAACCCAUGUGCUGACUUUGAUGGCUACAGGCAGUUUGUGGUGGUGACCUUACAGCAGCUAAAGUGGUUGGAUGGCAGAGAAAUUGAGCGUUCCGAAAGGAUCCAGGCAUUGCAGAACUACACAGCGGUUGAACAGCAAAUCAGAGAGCAGGAGAAAGCUUACUGCCUUAGAAGAGCCAGAGAGAAAGAGGAGGCUGAGAGGAAACUCGAGGAAGAACAGGGAAGUGGAGACAAGAAGGAGAGCAGCCCUGGCUUUGACGGGUGUCGGUAUUCGGACACCUAUGCUUUUUGCCCAUCUGCCACAGAGAACAAAAACCAUCUCCAGGCACCAGAAACACAAGGAGAUCCCAGCUCCAAGGAAACAGAUGAAAGUGAAGAUGAUCUGGCAUUCUGGAAUAAACCUUCUUUGUUCACCCCUGAAUCUAGAUUGGAAACUCUCAGGCAUAUGGAAAAACAACGUAAAGCCCAAGAGAAAUUAAGUGAAAAUAAGAAGAAAGUGAAGCCACCCCGGAUUUUGGUUACUGAAGAUGGGAAAGCCCUGAAUGUCAAUGAAGCCAAACUUGAUUUCUCUGUGAAAGAUGACGAGAAACACAAGCAAAUCAUCCUGGACCUGGCUGUCUAUAGGUACAUGGAUACCUCUUUAAUUGAAGUUGAUGUGCAGCCAACCUAUGUUCGAGUAAUGGUCAAAGGAAAGCCAUUUCAGCUUGCCCUCUCUGUAGAGGUGCAGCCUGACAGAAGCUCUGCUAAAAGGUCUCAGACAACAGGACACUUGCUGAUCUGCAUGCCCAAGGUAGGAGAAAUGAUCACGGGAGGUCAACGAACACCGAUGUCUAUGAAAACCACCCUGGACAGCAACAGGAAACAAACAAACCCCAGAAGAAAGCAGAUAGAAAGAUUAGAAGUUGAUCCCAGCAAGCAUUCCUGCCCUGAUGUGUCUACCAUAGUACAAGAGAAAAAACACAAACCCAAAAGAAUGGAAUCUCAACCCCCAAUUGUACCCAGUGAGGAAGACCUAGACUUUGAUGAUAACCCAGAAGUGCCUCCACUAAUUUGAAACAUGAGACUGUGUUGUCAUUGACUGUGACCCACAAACACAUGUUGCUUGGUGUUGACAGUGGAUGUGUGUCAUUCAUGGGCUAAACAUAGUUCAUUAUCAUUUUAUGGGUGUUGUAACUCCUACUCUGCAUAGUAAUAUUCUUAAGUGAGUUUAAAAUUAAAUUGCCUUCCUUAAAUGUGCUGUAACUUAUCACUCAUCUACAAUUAAGCUUACUUAUU